AUGGGCUUGCCGAUUAUCAAGACCUCCGGCAAUGGGUUUCUGAAAUCUGAAGAGCGAUGGCAAAUCAAAGGCGUCACAUAUGGUUCAUACGAGGCUGCAGAGACCUCGUCUGAUGUUCUAGCCAAAUCAAGCCAGUGCGCAAUUGAUGCACCUCUACUGAAGCAGUUGGGCGCGAACACAGUCACUGUAUACUAUGUCGAUCCAACACAGGAUCAUGAUGACUGCAUGCAAAGCUUCGAUGACAACGAAAUAUAUGUCAUCGCGAACCUGGUGAACACCAAUCAGACCGCCAGCAACGAAGGAUGGGAUAUGUCCCAGUACACACGAUACACCAACGUGCUCGAUGCAAUGGCGGGAUAUAACAACCUUUUAGGCCUUCUCGUUGGUGUCGAGACGAUUCAAUAUAAUGCUUCCGGCUCAGACAACGAAAACAUCCUCGCUCCGUCCCUUAAAGCAGCAGUCCGAGAUAUGAAAGCAUAUACCGAUGCCAGAGGAUAUCGUACUAUUCCUUUUGGGUAUUUUACAGAUGACGAACUCAAGAUUCGACAGCAACUGGCAGAGUAUCUGGUGUGUGGAGGAAACAGUAGCGAGACGAUUGACUUUUUUGGACUCAACACCUAUGCUUGGUGCGGAGACUCCACAUACACCUCUUCCGGAUACGAAAAUUACAAUUCGAUAUUUGGGGCCCUAGGAGUGCCUAUAUUUAUUUCAGAGGAAGGGUGCACUGCGGUUCAGCCCCGAAAAUUCACAGAUCAGCCUGUUAUCUUCGGUUCCAAGAUGUCACCCAAUUGGAGUGGUGCGGUCAUCUAUGAAUGGCAUGAAACUGGUAAUCAAGAGGUGAGGAUUACGGGCUACAGUUUGAGUAAAGAAUGGGCCUCUUGCACCAUCAACACCACUUCUCCAAUGACUAUGACGAGGCCGGCCUGCCCUUCACAGAGCAGUUCCUACUGGACACUCGAUCCGAGUGCUACGUUACCGACAAUUGCCGGCCUUAAUAUUGCAACAGUGAAAGCCGCUAGUGUCACGGCUACAGCUACUUCCAGUGGUUCAUUUUCUGCGGCAUCUGCAGUAUCUGCAGCGUCUAGUUCCGGCGAAUCUGGGCUUUCGGCCGGCGCAAAGGCUGGAAUCGGUAUUGGAGUUGCCGCCGGUGUGAUCAUAAUCGCAAUUGCGGCGUUGUGGCUCUAUUAUCGGUUGAAGCACCGUGGCAAGCCUGGCAAGGCGAAGCAGUUGGAAAGAUCAGAGCAGCCCGAGACGGCAGAGCUUCCCACCUCGGAAGCUAGAGCCGAACUACACGGUUCAGGUAAUAUAGCGGAGAUGUAUUCGGGUUCAACAACUCAUACACACGAGCUGCAGGCUUUGGGGGCUUUGGAAAGACCUCAUGAGCUGGAUGAUUCUUCGGUUCAGCCGGAAACAAACAGCACGCGAGAGAGCCCCAGUGAAGCGCAACCAUCUUCGCCUUCCAGGGCAGAAGCAGUGAAUCAUGAUGCGAGAGACCCUCAGGCUGCGCUUUUAGGACCAUUCCAGCCAGAGCAGGAAGGCCCUCCGCUUGAUGGGUCGUCGCAACGCUCAAUUAGGCACUUGGAGAGCUGA